AUGGAGAACUAUCAAGAGUUAACGUUGUGCAUACGCAACAAUUACAUGACAGGAAAGCUGAACGAGCCGUGUGAUGCGAAUUCUGCCGAAGCUUCCUCGAAGGACUUCCUUCUUCAGCUUCAGCAGUCCGCCAAGGUUCUGCUGGAAGAGAUGCAGCAAAUUAAAGGGGGCAAAUAUUUCCUAGAGUACAAGCAAGGCGUUUCCGAUGGAAUAAUAUCUCGUCUAAACAAAGUGAACGUUAUGAUUUUAGAUGCGUGCAAAAUCGGAAAGGAGGUUGCAUCUCUUCUAAAAAAGUUCGGGUCUCUGAAGCGUGACGUGGUGCGCAAGGAGACUAAGUAUAUGAAGCUUAGGAAGCCCAUUUGCGAAAGUAAGCGGUACAUGGAUCAGGUGAAGAAGAUGGAGAAAGCCGAGCUAAAAUUCGAGCAACAUCGUAAAAAAUUCGAUGAGUGCUACAACGAAAUCAUGCAGAAUCAGUUGUUUGCCUCCGGCCGCAUAAUGGAUGAUUUUUUUGGGCUCAACUUGAAGUACUAUGCGAAUCUUUUGCAGGUUAUCAGUUGUAUAGCGCCAGAUGGCAUUAGUACGCUGGAGGGGAUGGUUUCUGCCUACUUUGCCUUGAGUCAACGCAUGGGUGUAGAAUUGGGGCACUUAGAGGAGAGCGUUAUGAGUGGCCCGAACAACUUGAGAGUCCCCUUGCACAGAGUUUCGAACUCUAAGGGAGCGCUAGAGAUGGACUUCACUCAGCCUUCGCGCACCUCCGUUCGCAAUUUCACAAGUUAUUGCUAUGCUUGCAUCAAUGGGGAGUUGCGGGACCCAUCCACUCCGCGCACGGUACGCGUCAGCGAGCCAAACAUCGCCCCCGUUACUGUCGACGUGAGCAAUGAGCCCAUGCCGCGGCAGCCCGAUGACAUCUCAUUCUUUCUUAUCGAGAAGGAGAGAAGGCAGCCCCCAAACUUCUCUUUGGAUCCCAUGUGCUCGGUCUCCGAGGGGGUUUCUCCCCCCCUGGCCGGGGACGUGAACCGGGCCUUCAUAAGCAGCUCCCCACAGGUUAGGUGCCCGAAGACCAAUUCCAUGCCGGCCUCAGAGAUCUUGCGGCAGGCCCAACCCUCUUUUCACGACGCGCACCAGAGGCUUUUCAACGUGUCGGACCCGGCCGAGGAUCACGCCCGGGACGUCCGGUACAGCCUCGCUUCCGCCGCCGACGCGACCCGCUCGCGGCAGCCCUACUCGGAGAACGCGCUCAAGCCCCCCCUCGUCUCGGCCCCCCCAGACGACAACACCAUCUCCAACCUUAGCGUGUCCACACGCCCGGUGAUGGAAGGGCUUCUCGACAACAGGGGGGAGUCAGGGGGAUGCGAACAUGUUCUGUCCCAACCGCCCUAUCCGACUGUUCCGCUGUGCAUAUCCCCACCCCACCUCCCGACUUAA